GUAAUUGAAAAAUUCGUCGAAAUAUUUCCAAAUAUAACUCAUCUUGAUUUUAAACGAAGUUAUGGAUACAAUGAUAUAGCAUUAUUCAAGAUUUCUCAAGCAUAUCCUAACUUAAUUCAUCUUAAUGUUUUUAACAACGGGGGGUUAACUGACCAUUCUAUUAUUGAACUCGCAAGUAGAUGUCCUAAAUUACAGUAUUUGGAAAUUAGUUGGAGUGGAAAUAUUACUGAUAAGUCUAUCUAUGAAAUUACGAGAUCGUGCUACCGCUUAAGGCAUCUAGGGAUAAACGGAGGUAAAAAUUGUAUUUCUAAUAAAUCUAUACACGAAAUUACACGAUUCAUUCCUAAUAUCCAAUCUUUAAAUCUUAAUUACUGCAAGAAGCUUACCGAUACCACAAUCCAUGCUCUUGUAAGUUCGUACCCGGAUCUAAGAAAAUUAGAUCUUAGCGAUUGUAAUAAAGUAACUGAUAUAGGCAUCAGACAAACUGUACAAUGUCGUAAUCUGGAACACCUUGCACUUAAAUCUCUUGAAUUUCUUAGUGAUGAAACGAUAUGUAUUAUUGCGCGAUCAUGUCCAAACAUUUCUCAUUUCAACCUCGAAUUUUGUCAUGUCACCAAUAUAGCGGUAGAAGCAAUAGCACAAUCAUGUCGCAAUAUGGAGUAUCUCAAUAUUUACGGAUCAGAAUCCAUUACUGAUAGGUCUAUUUCUAAAUUGGCAAAAAUGUGUCCUAAGAUUCGAGAUCUUGAAUUAGGAUUUUGUGAGCUUAUAACCGAUAUAGCCAUCAGAGAUAUUGCACAUAAUUUAUCCGAUCUAAAAUAUCUUGGUUUAAAAUAUUGCGUAAAUAUUGGCGAAGAGGCAUUAGAUACGCUGAAUCCAGAUUUAGAUAUAGGUGGGUAUUAUACAAUUCCAUCCACUUUAUAA